ACGCUAGCUGUCGCACUUGUUCCUUCAGGCGUGAGGUUUUUCUCUGAGACAAGAUUCUGAGAGAUUCCCCUUGACUCAGUCCCAGAUAGAGGAUUAAUCUCCUGAAAAACAGCCCAGAAUGACCACAUUUCUGGAACAUGAAGAACAAAAAGGACUUCUAAUAGUUAAAGCAGAAGACCAUUACAGGGGACAGGACUCUAUCUCACAAAAGUCCAGUCCUCACAGAAGGGAACUCUUCAGGCAGCACUUUAGGAAGCUCUGCUAUCAGGACUCACCUGGACCCCGUGAAGCUCUUACCCAACUCUGGGACCUUUGCCGCCAGUGGCUGAGACCAGAAUGCCACACAAAAGAGCAGAUUUUAGACCUGCUGGUGCUUGAACAAUUUCUGAGCAUUCUUCCCAGGGACCUGCAAGCAUGGGUGCAGGCACACCAUCCAGAGACUGGAGAGGAGGCGGUGACUGUGCUGGAGGAUCUGGAGAGAAAGCUUGAUGAACCUCGAAAGCAGGUUCCAGGCAAUUCAGAAAGACAGGAUGCACUUUUGGACAAGUUGGCCCCCUUGAGAAGGCCACAUGAGUCAUUGACUAUCCAGCUUCAUCCCAAGAAGACCUGGCAGGAGCAGAAAUCUGGGGAGGCCCAAAGGAAUGGUGAUGAAACCAAGACUAAAACUGAAGAGUUGUCCCAGAAGGAAGAUAAAUCCAAAGACAUGGAAUUCUUUGGGAAGAUAAAUGACAGACUUUACAAAGAUAUUCUUCAGUAUCCUGAAUCCAAAGAUGCUUUUGAAAGUGAGGGCAUUUUCGAGUGGCAACAGAGGAAAAGAAGAUGCUAUAAAUGUGAUGACUGUAGAAAAAGUUUCAGUCAUAGCUCAGACCUUAGUAAACACAGGAGAACGCACACUGGAGAAAAGCCCUAUAAAUGUGAUGAAUGUGGAAAAUCUUUCAUUCAGCACUCACAUCUCAUUGGACAUCAUAGAGUACACACUGGGGUGAAACCCUAUAAAUGUAAAGAAUGUGGGAAAGAUUUCAGUGGGCGCACAGGUCUCAUUCAGCAUCAGAGAAUCCACACAGGUGAAAAACCCUAUGAAUGUGAUGAGUGUGGGAGGCCCUUCCGUGUAAGUUCAGCCCUUAUUAGACAUCAAAGAAUUCAUACAGUAAAUAAGCUCUAUUAA